UUCCUUCUCACCGAAACACCACAACCAUUCUUCUUCUUCCUCUUCGUCUUCUCAAAUUUUAUCAUCUUAAAUUCUUCCUAAAUUUACUUCCUUUCUUUUCUUGCCUGCUCAUAGAUUUUAAGGUUUACUCUCGAUCUGUUCUUUACCUUUUCAAUUUAAACAUUCAUUCUAAUCUUCUUCUGAAACUCGUGGAACAAUCCAGAAUUUUGGUUAGCUGGUGGGGGAAGCAUUAAUCAUGUAUUUAUGAUACACUGCUGUCUUAUUAUUAUUAUUACGAGAGUUGAAUGUUUCCUCUCGACUCAUUUUUCUUAAACCAAGGAAGGAGAGAAAGGCUCUGUUUUUGAAAGGGAACCUUUUCUUUGGUUGUAAAUUUGUCAAACAAUGCCAAUGUUUCAACCUUGGAAGAAGAAUGGUGGGUUUGAUGGGAAUGUAUUAGAUCUACACACGGCGGUUAAAGACGGCGUUCUCGGUGGCGGAGAUGGGGAAGCUGUGGUUGUUGUUGCAGACGAGAAGAAGAAAUUGGAUUUGAAGAAGAUGAUCUCUGAGCUGGAAUUACCUGAAAUACCCUCUGUUUUCAUCUGUCCUAUCUCUCUUGAGCCGAUGCGAGAUCCAGUCACCUUGUGUACUGGUCAAACCUACGAGCGGUCAAACAUUCUCAAAUGGUUCAGUUUGGGGCACUGUACUUGCCCAACGACGAUGCAGGAGCUUUGGGAUGAUUUGGUCACUCCUAACAAGACUCUUCAUCAGUUGAUCUACACUUGGUAUUCGCAAAAGUAUGUGUUGAUGAAGAAACGGUCCGAAGAUGUCCAAGGACGAGCUAUUGAGAUUCUGGGCACACUGAGAAGGGCUAAAGGGAAAGCAAAGGUUCAUGCUUUGAGCGAGCUUAAGCAAGUUGUGAUGGCUCACGCAAUUGCUAAGAAGACUGUUGUUGAUGAAGGUGGAAUCUUUGUGAUCUCUUCUCUUUUAAGUCCUUUUACUUCUCACGCUGUUGGAUCCGAGGCUAUUGCGAUUCUCGUUAAUCUCGAGCUUGAUUCUGAUUCCAAAGCUGGAUUGAUGCAACCAGCUAGGGUUUCUUUGAUGGUUGAUAUGUUGAAUGAUGGUUCUAUUGAAACCAAAAUCAACUGUGCUAGAUUGAUUGGAAUGUUGGUGGAGGAGAAAAGUUUCAGAGCAGAGCUUGUUUCUAGUCACAGUUUGCUUGUAGGAUUAAUGAGGUUGGUAAGAGAUAGGAGACGAAGAAAUGGUGUUUCGCCUGCGUUAACGUUGCUCAAGUCGAUAUCCGUUCAUAAACAAGUUAGACACUUGAUGGUUAGGAUUGGAGCAGUUCCUCAACUGGUUGAUGUUUUGCCAUGUUUGGAUUACGAGAGUUUGGAAUCAGCUCUUUUCGUGUUGGAUUCCUUGUGUUUGGAAACCGAAGGGAGGAUCGCUUUGAAAGAUUCAGUUAACACCAUCCCGAAUACCGUUAGGUUACUGAUGAAAGUAUCUGAGAAAUGCACAAACUACGCCAUUUUGAUCCUUUGGUCAGUUUGCAAGUUAGCUUCUGAAGAAUGUUCGUCUCUUGCUGUUGAUGUUGGUUUGGCUGCAAAGCUCCUGCUAGUGAUCCAAAGCGGAUGUGAUCCAGCUUUGAAGCAACGUUCCGCUGAGCUAUUGAAGCUAUGCAGUCUACACUUUUCAGACACAAUGUUUAUCUCCAAAUGUAAACUCACAAGAACAAUCCAAUAAAAGACAAAUCGAGUUUUCACGCAAUACACAAAACGGAUCUGCCUCAUCUUGUUGAUGUAUAUAGAUGAAGAUUUCAUGCUAUUGAUCUGGUUCUGGAGAAGCUCUAGGAAGUUGAAACAAAUGAAUGAGCUUGAAUGGUGAAUGGAAUAAUCGCUAGGAAGAAGCAAAAUGUAUAGAUCUUUUUGUUCUAUUUGGUUCAAUAUUCUCAAUAUAGUUAAAUAGAUUGAAGAAAGUAAUCAUUUUUGUGGCCUCUUGUAAACCUAUUAGCUUCUCUUGGGUCUUAAUUGAAGAAAGUAUUAGUCUCUGAAUC